AUGGGAAAGGUUGAACCAGAACCAACACGUAAAGGUCCGCACAAGCCUUCGAUCGACUCAUCGGUGACACUUCGCGAGAGCCAAUAUGUCACGGUUAAAACAAAGAGCAAACGCUCGAUCAUGCGAGGCCAAAUAUUCAACAUCAUACGUCGACUUGCCGCAAUUGCUGCAGCGAUCCAGUAUGUUAUCGUUUCCAUGUCGGCCACAUGGUGGGCUCUGCAAGUUCUGAGCGGAGCGCACAAUCCUGUGGAGACUUUACGAGUAUUCCCGGCAUCUCUCGUCCAAGGGUAUCUAGGCGAAGGGCUCAUUCGCGACAGUCCUCUGGUACAAGAUAUACUAGGCGGUGACACAACUCCACGAGACUAUGCACUGUUCCUUGAGUCGGAAACGAAGACCUCCACGGAAAACUGCUCCACAGUGCCUCUUUUUAAUUCUGCAACCUACAACUACGAGUUUUUAAGCGAGAGAUACCAGGGAAUGAUUGACGACACAAAGUAUAACACCUCCCAACUUGCCAAUUUGGAGCUCGUACUGAUUGUAGUCGACUGUACGUUCAGGCAAAUUGUGCUGGGGGACCCGUCUGCAGUGCGAGUGUUCAACUUAGUUCGUUCGCGAUUUGACCCCAACGACUUGUAUUUGAUCACAAUGUCGUUUAACAUACAAGAAUUCGAGAUCCGCGAAUUAAAGAAGAAAGGUCCAGCCAUGGUGGGUAUACUCACAUUGGUGCAAGACAUGCAGGCUGAAACAGUGGAUACGUUUUAUAUGGUCGCACUACGUUAUCCGUACGAGCGCGUGCCAACCUUCGAGUUGUACGAGCGGGUAGGAGUAACGAGUGAUAGUUAUCGGGAGCUGCGCAGUAUUCCACGAGAUCCGCUGACUAGUCCUGUUAAACAUGUGCUCACGGCACGAAAGCGCGGCUUCUUCCAUGGCGACACUCAGUGUAAUGUUCGUGUAAUGUAUUCAUCGCUGAAUGGGUUGAACGCUAAGACAGCGCUCACACGCUGGGAAUGGAUUGGUCAGGCUAUAAUAGUGGAUUCGUGGGCCUGGGUGCACUGCAUUCACUUUUUCUUUGGCUUGCAGACAAUUUAUUCCUUGAUUGUGCUUUUUCUCGUGACGUAUCAGAAGAUUCGCUCGGGUAAAGUUUGGAUCGGCGAUCCAUUCUCAUCGAUAUCGACAGCAGAUAUAGUGAUGCGGGGUAUCCUCGUACUAAUCUCAUGCUUUCUUGACGGUUUUUGGUCUGUCAACGAGUACGCGAUGUCUAGAGCCACGAUGCUUACAGGGUCCCAAUCGGUUCGUGUCCAUAAAGAGAUUAUGCACGCUGACAUCCUGGUGAUCGUUCUAAGUCUGGUGGGUUUUAUUAGUGCUAUCUUUCGCGAGCGCCUAGAUCCAUCAAUUGCCAUCUUCCUCUUCGAGUUUAUUCACAAAUUCCGUUUAACUUUGAUUCGAACUGCACCGGCCGUUGUGGAGAGAGUUUCGACGUACUCAAACAUUCAAUGGCACCUUGGUAUGGCGAAGGUCACUCCUGAGGUCGCAGCGUUGUCUCCGCUGCGCAUGUGGUCAUCGUUCCAGUUUCCAGCUAAGGAUCCAGCGUUUAUCAUCGUUUCUUUCUUUCCCACGACGUAUCUGAUGGUUUCAAUGUCGGCGCUUGCUAUACUUCGCAAGAUCUAUCGGUGGCGUUAUCCUGAUAGAGUUCACACCAGAUCAAGCCAAAGUAAAGAUACGUCUGGAAGCGAGAAUGCCGCCAUGUCGACGAAAGGAAUUGUUACUAACUUUGAAAUUUCAACCGGCGCGAUGCUCCGUAACCGGUUCGGUCUUAUUUCAGACUACAACAACUAUGUCUACUUCAAAGGUAUGAAGUUCGCAUCUCCUGAUGGUGUCUACUGUUCGGGCUACGUGAUUGUCAACGGCAAAUAUCUAGUGAGUACGAAAAAGUUGCUGGAGGUUGUCAUGAUCAAGUUGUUCCACGCACGUCUUACGAAUGUGUAUGCGUACGAAGUAGACGGAAACACUGUCAAGGACACUGCUAGACUUGUGUAUCCGAAUACGUUCAUGUGGUCCGAUUUGUGGCGUCUUAACGUCACAGUUCUACUUUAG